AUGUCCAAGAUCGUUGCGAGGGUUAUACACUUACCCAUUGAGGACGAGGCGGCUUGGGAAGAUGAGGAAGUCGAUGCCGGCGCUUUCGAGCUUGAGCUCGGAACUGUGGAGCUAGGAGCCGGAGACGAAAACGGUACGGCUGACGAGCUAGUGCUGGGAGAGGAGCUCGACGAGGGUAACGACGAAGAUGACAGUGAUGGGACGCUCGACGAGCUAGGCGUGGCAGCAAAGCUUGGUGCGGCGGAGGAGCUUGGUGCUGCUGAUGAACUUGGCGUUGUCGACGAAGAAGGCGGGGCGGACGAGGAGCUAACUGGGGAGAACACCGGAGCGGAAGACGAAGGGGCAGCGGAUGAGCUAGGCGCAGCAGAAGAUGACGAGGGGCCUGCCGAGGAGCUCGGUGCGGAGGAGGAUAACGGGUCGCGUGACGAGCUCGGAGCGACUGAUGAUGACAGAGGUGCUGAGGAGCUCGCUCGUGAUGACGAAGAAAGCGGUGCUGAGGAGAUUGGAGAGGUCGAUGAUGACGGCGGUGCCGAAGCGCUCACUGGUAGUGACGAAGACAGCGGUAUCGAGGAGCUUGGAGCGCCUGGUGAUGACAGAGGUGCCGAAGAGCUGGCCGGUCGGGAUGACGAUACAGGAGCUGACGAGCUGGGUACGGCUGACGAUGACGGAGUGGCCGAAGAGCUGGCUGGUUGUGACGAGAAAAUUGGUGCCGACGAGCUAGGCGCGGCAGACGAAGAGCGAAGUCCCGAAGAACUCGGUGCAGAAGAGUUCGCUGCAGAAGAGCUCAACACGGCGGAGAACACAGGUCCGGUCGAUAGAUUGGGCAAGGAUGAGGACGCAGAAGCGGAUCCGGUGGUGAUGGUUGUGACGUAG